CGGGGCGCUCUGGAGUCGUCAUGGAGAUAUGCCGCAUCGAAGCAUCGUUAUUUUUAUCCGUCACUUCAACUGCGAGGUGAGAAGCUUAUUCGCACAACGCUCUGACGUCGCUGUAAAUACUGACCAGUAUGCGGAAGUCGUGUGCCGAUUAUGUUCGUGCCCUAUCGACCAAAUUUACUCCCAAUGGUCUUGCUUCUAGAUCCAUACCGACAUCUCUUUACAUUGUCGGAUGUGGAAGUCAUACUUUCAUCUCAACCUACAUGAAGCGCACUGGCUGCGAGUUUCAGAUCUAUACAGAUCCAUCGCGAGUCACAUACGAUACGCUAGGGAUGACGUGUAACUUGGGGCUCGGAAAGAAGCCAAGUUAUAUUUCAUCAAGCUUCAUCGGAGCGCUCAUCGGGACUGGAAACACCCUGGCUACCUUGCUUACAGACUCGGGCAAGAAGAGUCAGAAUGGUGGUGAACUCAUUUGGAUCAAUAGCGAGAUCAAGUGGGCUCGAAGGAUGCUAAACACUCGUGACCAUAUCGAGGUCGAAGAUUUGGAGCUCGUGUUGGCUGGACAGGAGAAGGACAACCUCCAGUAACGGAGCACUUCUCAUUAGACAGUAACCAAUAGUAAUAAGUACGAGACAUUUCAGAUCGUCAAUAUGCAUCCGACCUGUACACCGUGCAGGCCUGGCAAGAUC